UGUGCAGUGCGGGAGGUCACUAUACCUGCACAGAGCCUGAGCCUGCCUUCAUGGACGGAGAACACACCCUGCAGGUUGGAGGAAGCCCUGCUCGUGCUACCUUGGAGCCCCAGCAAGAUGUGCAGCCAAUCACACAGGAGGCUGAGCCAGUUCUGCGGUGGCCGGGGAAGGCUGCAGCUGCCUCCUGUCUGUGGGAAGAGAUGAGGAAGAAGUUCUUGAGGGGGAAACCGAAAGUCCUUGGGAGUGUGCAGAUUGUGAUCGCCCUGAUGAACUUCAGCUUCGGAAUGAUAAUGAGCGCGUUGGUGCCAUCUUUCUCUCCGCACCCCAUUGUAUUUAACAUGGUCUACUCGCUCUGGGGGCCCAUGGCGUUUAUUAUCUCAGGAUCCAUGUCAAUAGCAGCAGGAACUAGAACUGCAAGAGGUCUGGUCAACAGCAGCCUAGGAUUGAACAUCACCAGCUCUGUGCUGGCUGCUGCGGGGAUCGUAAUCAGUGCCGUCAGCAUCACUUUUCUGUCAUUUGAAUAUCGCCUGUGCAACCGCGACCAGACUGAAGAUAACUGUUCCCUAGUCAUGCCCAUUUUACUAGGUCUGGAAAGUGUGGUGCUCAUUUUAAGUGUGCUGGAAUUCUCAAUUGCAAUGUCUCUCUCUGUCUUUGGAUGCAAACUAACCUGUUGUAACCCCGAUAGGGCUGUGUUAAUUCUGCAAUCAAACAUUCCCAUGGAGGAAAUUGCCUGUCCCGCACCACCUGAAGGACAUUUUCAGUCACCACCAUAUGAAGAGCUAGUGUUCUAGAUCUAUACUGACUUUAUGCAGGAACUCCAGAUUUGUGUGUUCCUGUGUGAGUUUAAAAGUGCAACACCAUGUUCCAUUUUCUGCAGAAACUCACCAACCCAUUCUACUAGGUCUUUAUCAAUAUAUUAAAUUUG